AUGGUCUGCAUCAAGCCCGAGGUGUCCCCAGACAGACUUGUUCAGCUUUCAACAAUUACAAUGGAGAAGAUUUUAUAUCACCAAAGACAUAAUUACAUGGUGAAUGUACGAAAUAACAGUUUGGCUUCUAUAGAAAAGACUCUCCUAUACAAAUCCAGGCUCAGAUAUAAAUAUUAUUCUCGAGUAAUCCUACAGCUCGGUUCUUCAUUUGAUAAAACUUGGUCCAAAAGGAGAAAAGUCUCAUUUAAAAAUUAUGAUCAUUGGAGAAGCUGCGCGAGGGCCGCCCUGGAGGCAUCGGCUGCGCUCGUCUCUUCGCGCUGCUGGGCUCGAGGCCGGGGGUCCGGCCCCUCCGCCGCCCCCGUGCCUGUGACGGGCCGCUUCCCUAUCCGCCGCACCCUGCAGUACCUGGGCCAGGGGACGGACGUGGUGUUCAAGGACUCGGUGAAGGUCAUGACGGUGAGCUACAACACGCACGGGGAGCUGGGCGAAGGCGCCAGGAAAUUCGUGUGUUUCAACAUACCUCAGAUCCAGUACAAGAACCCCUGGGUGCAGAUCAUGAUGUUUAAGAACAUGACGCUGACACCCUUCCUGCGGUUCUACUUCGAUUCUGGGGAGCAAGUCCUCGUGGACGUGGAGACCAAGAGCAAUAAGCAGGUCGUGGAGCACAUCAAAAAGAUUCUGGGGAAGAAUGAGGAAACCCUCAAGAAAGAGGAGCAGGAGAAAAAUCAGCUUUCUCACCCAGCGCACUUUGGCCCCGAAAGUGGGAGUGCGUCUGUGAGAUGGAGGGGCAGGUGCCGUUGCCCAAGGAGAUGA